UUUUUACUCCCUAAAAGUAAUCGUACCUGUUCUCGCUUGUCUGGCGCCUAUCAAGCUGUUUUUUCCACACAUAAUUUUGAGUAUUUGAUUUAAUUUGAACGUAAUUCGACUAAUAUGUCAUAUGAAAAUAUUGCUCCACAUUAUUUAAUCAAGGUAUGACGAGAUGUGAUUUAAAACUGCGAUCAAGCAUCACGUGCUAUUUUAGUUUUGUUCACCAAAUAUAUACUUUGUUAUAUACAUUAAGAUGUAGGCCUAUUUUCUAUUACCUAUAGAUAAAAGUUGUUUGUUUGUUUGAGUUGUUUGUCUGUGACAGUCUGUGUAGUUUAAAUCCAACAAGGAUUUCUGUAAAGAGCAGUGAACAGUGUAUCCAUACCUCAUAUAUUAGCAUUUAUGGCUACAAAAAAUUGUGUACCUUAACAUUUAUGGGACUGAUUUUGAAGUAUUCCCAUAUAUGUUAAUGGGAUUGGAUUCAAAGGGUACUAAACUGAUGAGCAAGUGUUUUCAUGCUUCACUGAUGGUGUUUUCUUUCAUUCACAUUCUGUUUUUCAGAGUUAAGUCUUUGCCUUUUUGUCCCUUAACAUGCUCCUCAAAAAGCAUUAUUACUUAAUCAGUUACUUCAUUUUUGUAGCCACUGCAGUCAUUCUGCUGAGACAGCUGAUCAGUAAUGUGCUUCAGGUUCACCAUAUAUAAAUAUAAGAGGCGGAAUGGGGGAUAAUCAGCUUGAUGUUUGGCAGUGAAGCAGUUAAAAAAGAAGGUGCUUGCCCUCUCAGUUUCUCGGGUGUCAGGGGCAACACAUACACACUCGGCAGCAACAGAUACCCCAGGAGUCUGUGUAGGAAAAGAUAGAGGAGAGGAGAGGAGAGGAGGGGGAAGAGGAGAAGAGCCUGAGGAGAUAAGGGGGAAAGAGAGAAGAGAGGGAGUCAUAGGCCACGUUAAAAUGAGGAGAGAGGAGGAACAUGGUGAGGUACGAGCAGGAGGAAGAGGAAUGUGCACGGUCACCAGGCAGAAGUGCAGAAGCUGCAGUCCAGUGAAGACAAACGUUAAAUGAGCACGCGGUGGAAAUGAAUCAAACGCUCCCGACAGAUUUGGAGGAAAGAAGAAGAAACUGUCGCUCCAGCCAGUUGGCAUUUAACAGCUGACUCAGAGCCAAAGAGGAAAAGAGCGGACACAUGUUGCCUGUUUCUCAAAACAGAGCAUGUACAGUUGUCUCUAAAAGAAUUAGGAUUCCCUGAAGGAUUUCCUGAAUGACCGGAGGAGGACAUGAACCUGGAUCUACUGCCGGGGCUCAAGGAAUAGUCUCAUCUCAGGAAAAGCAAGUGGAUAAACUUCCAGUCUUAAAGGCCUCCUCUGUCCAGCCAGAAUGCCUGAGCAAGUGAGCAACUUCCAGGGUCAGAGCUUUCACAAGCUGAGGAGGGCCUGCCUGCGUCGGGGAGCCCUCUUCAAGGACCCCCUGUUCCCCACCACCACCCAGUCCCUGUUUUACAAACGGGCGCCUCCGCCGGGACUGACCUGGAAGAGACCGAGGGAAAUAUGUAAGGAUCCUCGUCUGUUUGUAGAUGGCAUCAGCACUCGUGACUUGCACCAAGGCAGUCUGGGUAACUGCUGGAUGGUGGCUGCCAUUUCCUGCCUAGCAUCUGAGCCAUCUCUGUGGAAGAAGGUCAUUCCCGACCACGUGGAACAGGAGUGGAACCCAAAACGACCUGACUUAUAUGCAGGAAUUUUCCAUUUCCGGUUCUGGCGCCUCGGUCGUUGGAUGGACGUUAUCGUGGACGACCGACUGCCGGUCAGUGCUGAUGGCGCACUGCUCUUCUGCCGUUCGGCUACACCAAGAGAGUUUUGGAGCGCCUUGUUGGAGAAGGCCUAUGCCAAGCUCAACGGCUGCUAUGAGGCUCUAGAGGGAGGAAACACUGCAGAGGCCCUGAUUGAUUUCACUGGAGGAGUUUCAGAGCCCCUGAGUCUGGAUCGCGAGGCCCUCAGCCGGCACAGCGACCACAGGAGGAUGUUCUUCCAGACCUUAGCCAAGGCGCAUGAACGCAAGGCCCUCAUCACCUGCUCCAUACGGCCUGCAGAGGGGGAGACGGUGGAAUCCGUGUUGGACUGCGGUCUGGUGCGAGGCCACGCUUACGGGAUCACAGCGGUGAGGAAGUUGCGGCUGGGGGAGAGGCUGCUGAAGACAGGCGAGGCGUCCCGACUCUUCAUGGUGCGAAUGAGGAACCCAUGGGGGACCACAGACUGGACGGGUGCCUGGAGUCAGAGGUCGCAGCAGUGGCAACAGAUGAGUCGUGCAGAGAGGGAGAAGAUGGGUCUUGUUGUUCGAGACGUUGGGGAGUUCUGGAUGGAUUUCGAGGAUUUCUGUCACUACUUCACAGACGUGGUGGUGUGCCGGCUGGUGGAGAGAGCUCUGCUGUGGCCGAGCUCUCACUGGAGAGAGGCGCGAUGCUACGGAGAGUGGACCCCAGCCCCCUCCACCCCUGGAUCACCUCAGUCUACCGUCCUCCACAGCAACUACCCGCUGACUCUGGGUAAGAGCAACGUCAAACCCGGAGGGACCGAGCGGAGAGGGAACCGGAAGGAGGCCCGACUCGGGGAGAGUCAGCAGGAGGGAAGGAGGAGAGGAAGGUGCGAGAGGGAUAAGGAUGCGAAAAAAGCGAUAAAGGAGGAUGACGAUGGAGGGGGGAAUGGAGGAUGGGAGGCACAGGUGGAUAAAAGGAGUCGAUGUGGAGGUUGCAUCAACCAUAGAGAGACUUUCCUGCACAAUCCACAGUUUAUGUUUGAAGUGAGAAGCAAAGAGGAGGAGGUGCUGAUCUGUCUGCAGCAGGAGGACAGGAGGAUACAGAGGAAAGACGGAGGAGGAGAAAACCUGCCCAUCGGCUUCGAGGUGCUGAAGGUGGAGGUGAACCGCUGCAGCCGGGUGCAGUGUGUGGUGGAGCAGGCGGCCAGCUCCGUCUACAUGGAUUCCCGCAGUGUGACACUGAGGGCGACCCUGGCUCCGGGACGCUACGUGGUGCUGCCCACCACCUUCCUGCCGGGCGCGACCGGACGCUUCCUGCUACGACUCUUCUCCCAUUCCCCCGUCAGACUCAGGGAGUUGAGGGAGGAUUUGCCGUCUCCCUCUGUGUUCCAGUGUUUUCUACCUCAACCCACAGUGGUGACCACAGUCCAUCUCCGCAGGGCGUCCGGCCUCAGUCCUCCCAAACAGACAGCUCCAGAUGUUUAUGCCGUAGUGCGAUGUGAGAACGACACCAUCAGGACACGGGUGUUCAAGGCGGAGGGAAACCCCGAGUUCAACCUGAGAGCCAUCUUCUACAGGAGAUACCCUGACACACACAUCUCUGUAGAGCUGUGGAGCAGAGGUCUGCUGUGGGACUCGGUGCUCGGCACCGCUCGACUCCAGACGGCACUGUCCGAGAGGAGCCGGAGCCACGUGAUCGAUCUACGAGGCGGCCAGUUCCGUUCAGGACACAGAGGCUGUGUCUAUGUUGAGACGUCCUCCAGCGUCUGCCUCACAGACUUGUGACGACAUCGUCUGGUUGCCCUGGUAACUACAUCAAACCAUGAUAACCACUGUCCUCCCUGGUGGAGACGGCAGUUUGAGACAACUUUAUGGACAUAAUCUCUGAUGGACAGUUCAUAAAAUGAUAUUUAACAAAGGUGCUGUAGUUGAAUUUAGAAGUGUAUUUUCUCUGUGUAUUUUAAACCAAAUUCAAGUUUCCAUUAUUUAAAAGACGUGUGCUCAUGUGUUUCUGCUGGUCAGAUAAACGCGUGAGCAUCACUCAGCAGUUUAACAAACAAAGUGAAGCUGCUGCCAAAAUUAGUUUGUUGUGUUAUUAUAAUAUUUAUUAAUAAUACUCUCAUUGUCAUCAUUGUUUUCUUGCUGUUGUUGCUGUCAUAUUUAUUUUUUGCCAUUAUUUCUGUUGUUGAUAAUAUGUUUGAAUGUAAAUGUACAAAAUCACAUUUGCAUUUUGAUUAAAUAAUUAACACUGUGUGCAUGUUUUUCAUAUCAAGGCCACACGUGUUUGUUCAUUCACCUCUGCUCACUCCAGACAGACUCAUAUCUUUAAGUGAUGAGACGAGACAAGAAGCAGAUCAAACACACAAUCUACUUUUCGUGUGAGUCGAUUCCAACACAAAGUUCAUUCUGAUCUUGGAAUACAGUGUCUUUAAAAUCCCACUCACAUAGAGGGGAAAGAGCACAAACACGUUCCUGAUAAAAUCUGUUUUACUAAAUAUUGUUAUGGACAGUUGACAAGACACAUUUACAAACUUUUUUGCAACAUUACAACAACUUACACUGCUCAGGAAAAUCAUCCAUCUGUUCUUCUGUUGAGUUACUAGAGCUAAGUCCACACCUGUUUAAAUGCAAACCAUGCAAACACUAGAUAAAAGGCGAGGACUCAUUCAGCCGUUAUCUGUCUUCAUUUGAAAGCAUUUGUUUAUCAGGAGACUCAGCCUGUUACUGAGUGCUACUUUAGGAAGUGGAGGAUCUAGAAUUACUAUUACCUGCGUUUACCUGUAGACAUGCUUUGCGUAAUUCAAGGUUUUUACCGGUUAUGAGUGUGUUUAUGACUCAGAGGUGUUCAUAUUUUGUCACACUUUGAUAGAUAUAUGCUGUGAUACUUUAUUUCAUCCUGUCCAUCUGCUUUUUAUGCCAUUUUUACAGCCUUUACACCUUUAAGACAUAUGUUCCAGCCUUCUCUUUGUUUAUUCUUCAUUUCAUUUCUCUCAGGAAAAUCUUUGUCUCCCUGACAAUCACAUGUCGGGAACAAGCAAGAGCGCACACAAAAUUUUAUUAAAUUAUCUGCUUGUUUUAUUUCCACUACUUUCAUUUAUUUUAUCCUGUAGAACUGUGU